AUGGGCGCGGCCGGGCUUCGUGCCGCCCUCCCCUCGGGCGCUGGGCACUCUGCCAGGGUGGAGGGAAGAGACGCCGAGCCGGGAAUUCAAGCUCCGCGAGACCUGGGCUCCAUUCUGGACGGCGGGGGCGGGGCCGCUUGGCCCACUGUCACGUGCCCGGCCCUAUUUCAGCCCCGUUUUCCAGAUGCCAACACCCACGCAGGCCUGCGGCUUGAGUCAAGCCAGGUAGUUCUGCCUCUGGAGAAACAAAGGGCAGUCAGACUGCAGACAGCCUGUGAGGCUGUGUGGCCACUGGGCCACCCGACCAGGCUGGAAGUGCCUUGUCGGAUGCUGAAGGCUGAACUCUGUCUCAUCUGUGAGCCCAUGCUCUCCAGCAACAAGGACGAGCUGCACUGGCUGCGCUUGGCUGGGCAGGAGUAUUCUCUGCAGCACACCAGGGAGCAGGACUUUGAGACGAACGGCCGAGCCCUUUGCAUCCUCACCAAGGACGACUUCCCACUCCGCUCCCUGGCUUCAGCUGACGUUCUGUUUGAGUUGCUCCAGUACAUCAAGACCCAGCGGCAAGCUGUGGCAUGUGGGCCCUUUUUCGGAAGAGCUUUCAGGCAGAGGGUGCCCACUCAGCCCUUCCCCUGCUGCCUGGAAGGGGAUCGGGGCCUCCUGCAGCAGCCACCAGCCCUGGGGCUUGCCAGCUCCUUGAGCCAUGUGGAUGCCCCUGGCCUGGCCAGCUGGCCCCUCAGCAGGCAGGAGUCCCUCAGUUUAUCUCACUGUGUGGAGCUCAGCUGCAGGGCUGAGGGAGUCUCCUCCUUCCCCACGAUGCCACAGGCCCCCAUUGAUGGCAGGAUCACUGACUGCCAGCUGCUGUGGGAUUACAAGUAUCAGCUGCUCUCUGACACCUGGUACCAGCCCUAAAUCAAGUGGGAAGACAAUAAUGCCAAGAUCUUCUGAGUUGUGGAUCCAAAUGGGCUUGCCAGAUUCUGGGGAAACCACAAGAAGCAGGUGAACGUGACCUAUGAGAAGAUGUCACAUGCCUUGUGCCCCUACCAUAAUCUGAACAUCAUUAAGAAGGAACCCAGGCAGAAACUCCUGUUCAGAUUUCUGAAGACACCCAGGAAGAUCAAUCAGGACAAGGGCAACAGCAGGGAGCUUCUGGAGAGCCAGGAGCAGGACAGAGUGGACUUUAAGGAGGAGAUGCUGGAAGUCUCUCUGUGAAGGACACGUGGACUCC